AUGUCCCUCUCCUCCGACCUUGACAAACAGAUCGAGCAGCUGAAGCGAUGCGAGAUCAUCCCGGAGGCAAGCGUCAAGGAACUCUGCCUCAAGGCAAAGGAGAUCCUCAUGGAUGAGGGCAACAUCCAAUACGUCGACAGUCCCGUCACUUUCUUCGACCUCAUGGAGCUCUUUAAGAUUGGCGGUCACUGCCCGGAAACAAAUUACAUCUUCAUGGGCGACUUCGUGGACCGCGGCUUCUACUCUGUCGAGACGUUUCUCCUCCUCCUGAUCCUCAAAGUUCGGUAUCCGGACCGCAUCACGCUGAUCCGGGGGAACCACGAGUCGCGCCAGAUCACGCAAGUGUACGGCUUCUACGACGAGUGCCAGCGGAAGUACGGAUCGAGCAACGUGUGGCGAUACUGCACCGACGUGUUUGACUUCUUGUCUCUCGCUGCUAUCGUCGACGGGAGGAUUCUGUGCGUCCACGGCGGCCUUAGUCCGCAACUGGGACGGUUGGACCAGAUUCGAGCGAUCGACCGGAAACAGGAGGUGCCGCAUGAGGGCGUGUUCUGCGACUUGCUGUGGAGUGAUCCGGAUGGGUGGGGCAUGUCACCCCGCGGUGCCGGUUUCCUGUUCGGCGGCGACGUGGUCGAAACCUUCUGUCACAACAACGAUAUCGAUCUGAUUGCGCGCGCCCACCAACUCGUGAUGGAGGGCUACAAGCUCAUGUUCGGGCAGAAGAUCGUGACUGUCUGGUCCGCGCCGAAUUACUGCUAUCGUUGUGGCAACGUCGCGUCUAUUCUGGAGCUGAACGAGGACCUGCGACAGGAGUACAAAGUCUUCGAGGCUGCUCAGCCGGACGUGAAGAGCGUGCCCCAGAAGAGACCGCAUAUGCUCGAGUACUUCCUCUGA